AUGUUGCGGAUGGGCUUCAAUCGACAGGACAUACAUGAUUCACUGACACAACAGCGUUUCAAUAACCUAACAGCCACUUAUCUUCUGUUGGGUCGACGUCGGCAUGGCUCAUACCCCCCGUUGCCCGGGCUGCCUGGGACUGGCACUGGAAUCUACCAGAAUGCGACCCUAUCAUCAUUACCCGCUUCUGCUCAGACACACUCUCACCACCACCAACAUCAACAUACUCACUUGAAUUCACAUCCACACACACAUGUUCACCUUCAUUCUCAUCAGCAUCCGCAUCCACAGCAGCAGCAGCACUCUCACGAAAAUCAAAUCAGUCAUCAUGCCCACAUUUGCCAAUUGCACCAAUCUACUAAGAGUCAACAAAACCAACAUCAGCAACCAACACCACCUGGCUUCUCGGGUCCCUUACUCUCAGACCUAUCCACAACUGGAAAGUUAACGGAUUCGGGGCAGCAGCCACACCACUUUCCCCAUCCCGUACCUGGCCUAGCUGGAGUUCAACACCACCAACAACAGCCCAAUCAUCUGCCAUCUCAACAGCAUAAUCAGCAGCCAGCAACCAAUGGAGAAAUUACCGGGGUAGCACAGUCAAAUUCUAUGGCCAGACGCGGCCUGGGCACGGGCUCCACACUCUCCUCUUCUUCUUCCUCCUGCUCAGCAGGUGCUGCCGCCACUCCAGGAAACGUCUCAUCUUCCUGCUCAACAGCAACGGAUGCAACUCAGCCACCGAUUAGUUCAUCGUCGACAUCGGCGUCCUCGAGUUCAGCAGCUCCAUCGAGCCAGGCUACGGCAUCUUUUACAGAGGCUUGUGCUCGUCUUGAACAUCUACGUCUGCGAGGAGAGGUAGUUCCUGGCAGUGGAGGACAGGCUCAACCGUCACACCGUUUCACACGACCUGGCACCGAGCCGUCCGCCAAUGGUGAAUUUCGUCUCUGCUAA